GUAUGCAUAGAAGUUUUUCGCUUUUAUUAAUAAGCCAUCGAUCUGGAUGAUAUUUCAUGCUUCGUUCGGACCGUCUGCCGGUUGGGUCACCGUUCCGAAUGAGACUGGACCACCGUUGAGUUUUCUGCAAGACACUUGACUCUUGGUGUCUUGGUGAAUAAGAGGGUGAUGGCUCUUCCUCUCACAUAAGACGACGGCUUCUUCGAGCAUUGGACCACGCAAAGAACAAUAAUGGAACAGAUUCCACUUUCUGCACAUUCAGCCGCCACAACAUGCCGAAAUGAGGAUCCUAUCGUCAUGGAACAGACACAGAUUUCGGUAGAGACUCUCGAUUUCUGGACCGCCGAGGAUACCGCACGGGCACUCCGAGACGUCCCUUACGAUUGUUAUCUUGGUAUAAAGUUCUACCACAAAGAUCCAUUACCUUUUCUUCUGGAUGACGCAAAGACUAACGGGCAGCGAGCAUUGUUCCUUGACCACGAGUUUCCCGUCCAUAGUCAGGUGCUUGUCAACACCACUCCAACCAGUCAAUUUGCGUUGCAACCAGGCAUCAUCACGUCCUCCAACUGCCGUGAUUUGGCCUCAGGCGGUGACAAACGAUCCCAGAGAGUUGUACACUUUUGCCGCCUUGCCGCCUCUCACCGAUGGAAGAGAAAGAGCCACCUAUACCCGCUCUUUUCGACCAUCUCUGCUGACAAUACGCUGCAAGGAAGGAUUGGCAACUGUGGGUUUUGCAGCGGAUUUGCUUCCUUGGCAAGUCAAUGGCCUCAAUUUAUCCGAGACGCGUUUGGACAGUGUUCAGAAAAGGCUCUGGCACAAUGUGGUGCCUUCAGUGUGCGACUAUACCCCCAAGGCAAGGAAAGAUAUCUUCUAUUGGAUGACUACCUGUUGUGCAACUGCAACAGGGAAGAACCUCCAUCAUUACACUCGCAGUUAGGUGAUACAUGGCCGGAAUAUUUGGAAAAGGUGAUUGUCAAAGUUCAAGGGUCCUACGCUUCAUUGGAUGGCCACUACAAGUAUAACAGUUUGUACAGACAUCCCGCCAGGGCUCUGCAGCUGUUGACAGGAGCUCCAUUGGCCAUGGAAGUUCGCUACGAACGGACCCAACUGAACGAAAUCUAUGCAGUGCUUGAGGCAUCCCAAGGCGUCUGUGCGCGUGUGGCUCAUUGUCGAAAGCGUGUAGAAGGACUCUGCGCCAAUCAUGGUUACUCAAUUCUGUGGGUGGGGGUUGUGGCAAACACAAGGUUGGUCUGUUUGCGGAACCCGCACGGAAAGAGCUCCUAUACAGGCAAGUUCGGAUAUGGCUGGAAAGGAUGGCACAGUAGUGCUGGUGCUCUGCUGGCAACGGAACUUGUCAAGCUUGGCUGCUUUCGAAAGUGUCCUAACAGUGGACGGCCUCUCUGGUGCGAUGAGGUCAGUCCGCGCUCGAGUGCAACAUCCGGCCACCAUAACCUGCAAUGCGGCAAAGAACUGAUUGAAGAGGACAAUGGAAUCUUUCUGAUGGGGAUCUCCAGCUUCACAGAUUGCUUUCCCGUCUCCACCUUUGUGGGUCCUAUUGGCGACCACUCUUCAUCCCGCGGUCAAGAAACAACCAUGCAUCUGAAGGCAGAAUGCGCCCAACCCGACUGUGUCCCCCUAAUUCGGCCCGAGAAUCUUCGGUGCGUGUUGCCGUUGCUGAGGAAGGCGCUGAAGAACCCAGUAAAAUCCAUUUAGCUGUAGUCCUAGUGUUAGUCCUGUUGCUACGUUGCUACUUGUCUUUUAUUCGUGGACGUACUGUCUGCUUUCU